AUGGGCAGAAAGGAGUGCAUCUCUCUAGCAAUCCUCGCGCUUGUACUGCUCGCUGGCCCGGGCGCAAAGGCAACGGCCUUUGCCGGCGGCGCCGCCAGCAUGGACGCGGCGGUGGCGGUGCGGCAGGUCAUGCCAACGUCGUCAAUCAAGCUGGAGGACGGCGUGGCGCCUGAGCUUGCAGUGGUCCUGGAGAUGCACCGCCGCGUCCUCAUGGACAGCUUCGGCAACAGCGUCUACAACAGCGACACGCAACGCCGCCUUAAAGCUCCGUGCAUCGCCGGAGGGCCGUACAGCGGCGGCCUCCGGGGAUGCAACCCACGUUACGGGUGCGUCCCUAUGUAA